AUGGAGCAAAUAAUCAUCGAAUUGUUGGAUGUCAAAAUCUUUAUCUUGAUUUUAACCACAAUCGUUUUCAUUGUAUUUAUAAUCAAAUCUUAUCGAUAUUAUUCUUAUCCUUCUUAUUUAAAUCUUCAUCAAUUUCAUCGAUUGUACUGUCAACGAGCUGAUGAUAAGGAGAAAUGUCCAUUCAUCCCUAUCGAUAUGUUUCAUAGGUGUGAAAAUACUCAUCAAUAUCAUACGAAGUCUGAUCUUGAUUGUGUGUCAAUCUAUGAAUAUAUCCAAGAUUUUCUUUGUCAAAAUAAUGAAUAUAUAAAUCGAUCAGGACCAGUCUGCCCGUUUGUGCCAGUAGCAUUCAAACAAAAGACGAUUUAUUUUUUCAUUUCAAAUGAUGAAUAUACGAACAAGACACGAUUUAUCCAAAUGAUCGAACGGUGUAAAAACGAUUUUCUCUGUAAAUUACAACCAGUUAAUGCUACAAAAAGUAAAUUGGUUUAUAAAUGUCUACUUAUUUUGAUUCGUUCGUUGAAUAUUCCGCAUAAUUUAAUUGAUGAAAUUCAAACAGAACUUAAACCGACUUUCAUCAUUCAACAUGGUCUUAUGUUCGGUGAAUUUCAUCAAUCAUCGAAUUCUAACGCAAUCCGAAAUGAGAAUUUUUAUCCAUUUCGAACGAGAACGCCUUUAUUAGUGAUUCGAUAUAUGGUUGCUAAUGAUCUUAUCUUUCUCAAUCAAAAACAGAAAUAUUCCGUGGAAGUUCGUUUGCAAAUGAUCAACAAAUAUCUAAAUUUAUACCAUUCAGGUUUAUUAUAUCGCUCGAAAGUAGAGCAUUUGCAAAGUGCUCAUGACAUUCUUGCAGAAUUGAAUUUUUCAGUAAAAGAAUCCAUUGUUCCUAUUACGGAUAUACAUCUAAACUGA